AUGACAUCCCCCAAUCCAAUAGCCUCAGCCACGACCACGGGGAAUAUCUCCCACAUGCCAAUACCAAUCGCGGAACUCAGUCCUAUGCUUCAGGAGCCGACCUCAAGAUCAAUCCAAGCAAUAGUGACUUUGACGUGGCCCUAUAGUUCUGCUACCGGCUCCGUCGCGUUCCUCCUGGCCGAACCGGAUUUCCGCUUGCGCCGCACUCGAGGACAGGUUCGUGUACAGUUCGCUGGCUCCAGCGCGAAGUACGUUGCCGAAUCACAUAUUGCCAGUGGCGAUGAGGUCGUAUUAUGCCUGGAUGGCGUGGAAUGGAUACACGAUACGGCAAAUGUAGCAACUCCUGGAAGGGGCAUUGAAUAUGAGCUCAAGUUCACGGAGAGGCUGCGUCUUCAGUUCCGAACGGAAGGCUCCGAGAUUGUAGGAUCGAUCGAUAUCGACCACCCAGUACCAGAAGCGGAGCCAGAACCAGAACGAGAACCUCUAGUCGAAGUAAUACCCAUAGACCCUAUUCCUCCAAGCUUUACAUCACCUUCGCCCUCCAACAUAAAUGGUGCUCCGACCCGAAUAGACCAAGAGGAAGUUAAUGAUGGUAUCUUCUCAUCUCCUGCUUUUGUCAAACGGGCGAGGACAUCCUAUGGAUCUCUCUUUGAACUAGACCCUUUUGCCGAAGAUGACGGGACAGUACCCGGAAAAGGCAGAAAGAGGACAAGAUUAAGUUCCGUAUGGAAGUAUACCAGUCGGUCACCCACACCGGAGGUGGAACAACCUGAAGACGGAAACACUGUCAAUAUUCUGGGGGAAACUCCAGUGAACGAAGGACCCAUUAUGACUGACGAGGGCUGUCAAACUUUCGGAUUGGACGACGGUGAUGCUGCAGAGGCGCUAGCCAGUUUCUCACGGCAAUCUAUUAACGUCGGAGGCGCCACAUAUAAGGAAUCAAUUAUUGCAACUCCAAGACUCUACGAAUUUGCACCCAUUCCCGGCUCAAUUCAGAUUUCGGAUCAGGAAAGAAAUGAUGGAUUCGAAGCCGAACAAGAAGAACGUAUUUCUCCUCAGCCGCGACCGGAAAUUUUCAGGUCUCCACACGUUUCAAAUGAAUUUGUAGCGGAUAUAGAACAAGUUGGACCGGGCCCUGCCAUGCCCUCUGAAGAACGUCGCAAGGGAGUGCAAACAAUCGCAACUGGAAGUUUGUUACUAGAGGAUGGAUAUGAGGACCUCUAUGCGGCUAGUCCCCGUGGCCAUAGAGAUGAAAGCAAUCCAGAUGGCUUCGGGAGCUUCCAUGUUCCGCGCGACGAUAUCAGCAACUUAGACCCAUCUAUUUCAGAACCGGUCGACCAAUUUGUUCCUGAGGUCCUGCAUGACGACCUGCGCGAAUCUGCGGCUCACUUGCAGCACGCUGUAUCUCCGGGUAGAACGGCUGGCAAUUCAAAUGAGAUGAGGGAGGCGGAACUAUUUCACGCUGCACAAGCCGGCGAGAGAAGUCACCCUGAUCAUGGCAGUUCGCCUGCUUCAUCCCCUCUCCAUCCGACCUCGCAACUGUAUCCUGAUCUUGAUGACCUAGCACAGCAAAAUCCGGUUCCUACCUGGGGUGCUCCACUUGCGCCGGUUAUGUAUCCAGACUUGCAAGAGGCUCGGGAACGAAUAGAAGACGAUUCUUCUAGAGCCUCUCGUCCGAUUGCAAUGUCACGAUCUCAAAGCGCCCAGUCGCAAGUAGCAGAUUUGACCGAGAGCAGCAACGAGGAGGUAGAGGACGAGUGCUCUGAGGAAGAUGAGUACAGUAAAUACACCCGGUCUCGAGCACAGAUGGGUUUUGAAGGACGCUCGAUGAAUGAAGAGAAGUACGGGGCAUCAAAGGAGGAUGUAGAGGCGCCUGUGGCAGCCGACGUUCGCAACCACUAUUUACAGCAGGCUGCAACGAGGGCGGAAGAGUACUCCCAAGGCUCACAAGAAGAGCCGGAUGGAUAUUAUGAAGAUGAAGAUGAAGAAGCUGAGGAUUCCGGGCGAUACAUCGGGUUCCCUAAUGGCCGUGCAGAAGACGACGAAGAGCUUGAGAGCAUUGAAGAUGAUGAAGAUGAAGAGGGCGAGGACAGCGAGAGCUAUGAUGAUGAAAUGGAAGAUUACGAGACCCCACACGCGGCUUCUGCCCCAAAAGUGCCAGUAGUCAUAGACUUACUCUCCUCUGACGACGAAGCUACCGAGGAGCCACACGAACCCGGGCCGCCCGUUGUUCCACCGCAGCAAUCUCGGUCUCCAGCCCCAUCUGAAACGAGUGAUCAGAGCGAAGAAAGUGGUUUGGAUGAAGAGAUGCGAGAUAAUCAAGAUUUCUCGUCCUCUGACGAUGAAGCUGCCGAGGAUCUAUCUGGAUCCGAGGAGGAAAUUGUCUCGCCUCAAGACUUCCGGUCUCAAGCUCGGGCCACUGAUAAUGUUGAAGAACACGGCUCACAUGAUGGGAUGCAAAAUAGCCAGAACAUAGCAUCCCCUGACCCACUCCAAACCAACACCGCAUCAGCAGAAGAGUCAGUGACGGAUGGAUCGAUUGAGCAAGAGCAAGAGCAAGAACCAUUAGAUCAGGCUGCUGAACACGAAGAAGUCAAUUCUGAAAUGAAUAUCGAGGUUUCUGGACACAGUUUCAUUCUUGCUGAUAAAUCCUCGGCAAUACAAGAGGAGGGUGGAGACAAGGAAGGUCAAGGUUUGGAAUCCGAGUCAAGUUAUAGUUUGAUUGAGGAAAAAGUCAAGAUCAACGAUGACGAGGAGGAGCAUAUGGAACUGGGCAAUAUCGAAGACGCCAAUAGAACGAAGGCUGAUAAUCAUAGUGAGGAAGCCAAUGAGAUGCCUCCUAAAUCGCCAAGGGGUAUUCCAUCCGAAGCCAAGCGCUCCCCUUCCGGCAUAUCUUUAGACCUGGACGGUGCGAAUGACGGACCCGAUGUCAGAAACGCACUUCCUAUGCUAGUUGAGAACGAUCCCUCCUCGCUUCCCUCGAUUCCGAACAUGAAAGCAACAUCACCUCCGUACGACGAUAAUUUAUUCAGGGGAGAUGGUAUCAAAUUACCCUUCCCCGACCAUACUCAUAUGUCCGAAGCGAUUGUCUCUGCAGAAACUUCAUUUUCUACUGGCCUAGACACACAAAAUUCUGUGUUAGUCUCACAAAACACCUUAAUCACUCAAUUUUCUAGUCAGGCCGAUGAGCCCGCAAAUGAUAUUGAGACUGGAGAAACCAAACCAGAGACUGGAGAUAUUGAGCCUUCCAGCAGUAUUGCUGUGGAUCAACCUGAGCUGACCUCGGCCUCUGACGUGAGGAAACCGUUGACUGAAGAACUCAUACGUGAAAAAAGCCCUGUAAGCAACAUAGAGCAGACCGCGGCGGAGGUCUUAGAAGAAGCGACCGAAGAUGUAGCGCGGCAUGAGACUACUAGACAUAUGGUUUCUGGAGAUGGGAUUGAAGAAAACCUUAAUAGAGAGUUACAGGACUCGACGCAGGCCGACGGCGAACCCCAACUUGAAACGGCGAACCCCCCAGUCAUCACUCUCCGCCGGAGUCAUCGACGUAUCAAAUCUAGGAGCGCAGAGCCAGGCGGAGACGAACUUCAAUCCGAAGUACUGGAAACCGCUACUAUUACACCCCGCCGAAGUCAUCGACGCAUCACAUCUACCUCAUCGAGCGUAGAACCAGGCGGAGAUGAGCUUCAACAUCAAGUACUGGACAACACCACUAUUACUCCGCGCCGAAGCCAUAGACGUAUCAAAUCUACCGCGUCAAGCGUGGAUGCAACCGACAUACAGCCAACAAACCCCGCCAGAAGCGGCGAAAAUAAUGACACCCAGGCAGACCUCCCUUUGCCGAUAGUUACGGAUGAACCAUCAACUCCUAAAGGACACGAUGCAAGCUUUGAAUUGGCACUUUCGUCGCUUGACUCCCCUUCAAAGGGGCAUGCUCUUCGGAAACCUCCAGUUGCUGAUUUGAAACUACGGCUUUCACGGGCAUUGCGGACGGAACUUGGCGAGUUCACUGCUUUAAAAGUGCUUCGAUAUCACCUGAAUCACAAGCUCGAUGUCUUAGCUAUUGUGACGACUACCCCGCCCGAACCGCAACGUAGUAAAGGUGGGCCACGGCACUACCAAAUUACAUUCAAUAUCACCGACCCAUCUAUUGGCCCAAACGGCGUCGCAGAGGUUCAGAUCUUCCGACCGUAUAAAGAAGCAUUGCCCGUUGUUCAAGCUGGUGAUGGUGUUCUGCUUCGCAGCCUCCAAGUGAUCUCAGUCAAGAAUCGAGGGUUCGGCCUGCGUUCUGAACAGAGCGAGGCCAGCAGUUGGGCGGUUUUCAAAGAUGGAGAGGAAGCUGAGGUUCGUGGGCCGCCUGUGGAGUACGGCAUGGCCGAGAAAAAUCAUAUUGUUGAUCUGAAGACUUGGUAUGGGAGCUUGGACGCGGUAGCUAUGGCGAAACUGAAUAGAGCGAAUGCGGAUAAAGGCAGUUCGCCGGGUAAGACACCUAAAAGAACGGGCUGA